GCAACUCGCUACGUUCAAGGCCUCCGCGGGGUGCUCGAUAAAAUAGUCCCACGGGUUCCUAGCUGCUCGCGGAGGCCCUCAGCACCUCGGAAGGCCGCAGAGGCCGCGCUUUCCGUGCCGUAACGGCGGGGCGGGGCUUCCGCAGCCGCCCUCCGCCUCAAAGCGGGACGCCCUCGGCAAAAGUAGGCCCGGGAGAAGGGCUGACGCGAGGGCCGCGGGGUCCCACCAGAGGAAUCCCUCCGCCGAAGAGGGAAGCGGCGAUGGCGGCUUCGCGGGUGCCGGACCGGGGGGAGCGCCGAGCCGGGGAGCGAGAGGCCGCCGCCGGGGAGGCGGUUUACGAUUUGGUCAUGGAAGCUGAGAAUGAAGUGGAGAGCAGCAGCGAUGCAGCCCCUCGACUGGAGCGGCCAGAGGAACCUUCCGAGAGCGGCCUUGGUAUGGAGAUGUCGGAGGCUGUGUCCGCAGACAGUAGCGAUGCUGCCCAGGUGCCCGUCACGCCCUCCGAAGCAGAUGAAUCAGGAGUUGGCCAGAGUUCUGACAGCAGAGGAGUCUCUUUGGCCGAGGUGUCAGAGAGCCAUUCCAGCAGAGAUGGUCUGCCCAGGGCCUACUUGCCCGACUCCUCCUCUGUUGCACCGUCGACUCUGAUCUCCAGCCUCUCCGCUGCGAGCCAGUCCCUCCUGGGCUCCCAGUCCCCCCAGGGCCUCGUCCACUCCAGCGUGCUGGCCGAAGGGGCUGCUGUGGUGUCGGAUUCCACAGCCUCCACCUCCUCUGACCUGGGCUCCACCAUCGACAAGAUCAUCGAGUCCACCAUUGGGCCGGACAUCAUCCAGAGGUGCAUUGCUGUGACCAGUGAAGAGGACGGUGGGGCACAAACCACCCAGUACCUCAUCCUGCAGGGGCCAGAUGACGGUGCCCACUUGGCCACCUCCACCUUGGCUCCUGGCAUAGCCGUGGAGUCUCUGGCGGAUGGCCCCACCUCCACGUGUGUGGAGCCCCCGGCCCCCUUGGAGCAGCCGGCCCAGCUGGCCCAGUCCGGGGAGCCUGACUUGGAGAGCCUGGAGGAGCUGAUGGAGGUGGUUGUGGUGCAGCAGUUCAAGUGCAAGAUGUGCCACUACAAGAGCAGUGCCAAGCAGACCCUCAUCCGGCACAUGCGGGAACUGCACUUCCAGCCAGCCUCAGCCCUUGGCUUGAAAAAGGGGCGCCCACGUAAGGGGGUUCCUAUGCCAAAGUCCCCUGAGAGGGCAAAGCCCGAAGUUGACGAGGAAGAGGAGGAGGACGACAUUGUGGAUGCGGGCGCUCUCGAUGACCCGGAAGGUGACAGCGACUACAACCCAGCCGAGGACGAGCCUCCUCGUGGGCGAGUGCCCAAGCUCAGCCGCCCUCUGCCCUCCUCCAGCGAAGAAGAGCGGCGGCGGCGGCGCCCAGGAAGGCCCCGCAAGCUCCCACGCCUGGAAGUUGUGCCUCAGGUGGAAGGUGACGACAUGGAUCCUGUGGUCUCAUCACAGUGCGCCUCUCGAGGAGACCCGCAGGGCGCUGAGGCCGCCAGCUCCUCAGACCCGCCGCCCCUCGCUGGAGAGCACUUUGCAGAGCCCCCCGUCAGCCAGUCUGACUCGGAGAACAAGGACCCUUCCCCUCGCGAGGAACCGGAACAGGUGACCCGUCGGCGAGGCCGGCCCUCCCACCGCUUCCUGGGCAAGAAAUUCUGCAAGUACAUGGGCCGCAGGUACUGCUACAAGUCCACCAAGCCCCUGAUGCGCCCCUUCCUCUGCCGGAUCUGCGGUUCCCGUUUUCUCACACACGAUGACCUGCGCUUUCAUGUCAACUCGCACGAGGCCGGCGAUCCCCAGCUUUUCCGCUGCCUGCAGUGCAGCUACCGUUCCCGGCGCUGGUCGUCUCUGAAGGAACACAUGUUCAAUCACGUGGGCAGCAAACCGUACAAAUGCGAGGAGUGCGACUACACCAGUGUCUACAAGAAAGACGUCAUCCGACACUCCGCUGUGCACAACCGGGACAAGAAGAAGCGAGCUGACCCGCCCCCCAAGCAGAGCACCUUCCCUUGCCCUGUCUGCAGCCGCGUCUAUCCAAUGCAGAAGCGGCUUACGCAGCACAUGAAGACGCACAGCGCCGACAAGCCCCACAUGUGUGACAAGUGUGGGAAGUCCUUCAAGAAGCGCUACACCUUCAAGAUGCACCUGCUGACCCACAUUCAGGCCGUUGCAACCCGCCGGUUCAAGUGUGAGUUCUGUGAUCACAUCUGUGAAGACAAGAAGCUGCUCCUCAACCACCAACUCCUGCAUAUCAACGACAAGCCCUUCCGCUGCAGCCUCUGCUCCUAUGCCACGGUGCGCGAGGACUUCCUGCUCUCCCACAUGGCAGUCAAGCACACCGGGGGCAAGCCCUUCGCCUGCGAGUUCUGCCACUUCACCACCAAGCACAAGAAGAACUUGCGGCUCCACGUCCAGUGUCGCCACGUGGAGAACUUCGAGGAGUGGGGGCAGCGGCACCCGGAGGAGCCUCCUUGCCGCCGCCGCCCCUUCUUCACUCUCCAGCAGAUUGAGGAGCUGAAGCAGCAGCACAGACAGGGCCAGGCGGCCACGGAGACAGCCCUGCCCGGCCCACCGCAGGCCACCUCCCAACCUGAGCCAGCACCCCCUCUGCCAGAGCCCCCCAUCCUCACUCCGGAGCCACUGGAGGGGGCCACCGUCAUCUACGAGGCAGGCGUAGAAGGUUCAGCCGAGCUGGCCACCCAGACGGCGCUGGAUCUCUUGUUGAACAUGAGUAGCCAGCGAGAACUGCCUGGCAGCGCUGCCCUAGAGCAGGUGGCCGUGGUGAAGGCAGACGGCUUUUCGAAGGCCUCCGAACCCCAGGCACCGCCAGAAGGGGAGGAACCCCAUACCAAGGUGCUGACCUUGCAUGUCACAGAGCACAGCGAGGCCUUGGUGCAGGAGGCGUACGAGGAGACGGUGCUGGGCGGCUCUGAGCUCCAGCAGGUCACCAUCCCCUUCAGCGGCACAACUGAAUACAGCAUCAUCACCCCAAGUGGGGACGCCAGCAGUACUCUGUACGGGGAGGAUGAGUCUCCCCGUGAAGCUGUUCGAGCCGUGAUAAGAGACAGCCUGAAGGACCUCAUGGCCCCCGGCAGCAUCCCCGGGAGCCAGCAGCAUCCUGCAGAGGUGAGCGGGGAGCAGCUUGAGGCUCCCUCCAGCGUCCGGUGGCCCCUGGUGCAGUGCAUGACAUGGACCGCCUCGAAGGCUCUUGCGGUGGCCCCAGAGGCCCAGGAAGCGUCCCCCCAGCAGGCCGGCAUGCCCAAGAAGCCCCUUGCCUCCCCUAAGAAGCUGCCCAGCCAGGGCUCCUCAGCCAAGAAGUUCUCGUGCAAGAUUUGUACUGCAGCCUUCGCGGGCCGGGCCGAGAUGGAGAGCCACAAGCGGGCACACGUCGGACCCAGCACCUUCAAGUGUCCGGACUGCCCUUUCACAGCUGCUGCAUGGCCAGAUGUCCGGAGACACAUGGAGCAGCACGCCAGCCUCCGGCCCCACAAGUGCCAGCACUGCAGCUUUGCCUCCAAGAACAAGAAGGACCUGCGGCGGCACACCCUGACGCACACCAACGAGAAGCCCUUCUCUUGCCACGUCUGUGGGCAGAGGUUCAACCGUAACGGGCACCUCAAAUUCCACAUGCAACGGCUGCACAGCUCAGAAGGGAAGCCGCCGCCAUCAGCCGAGCCAGCUCCCAGCACCCCUCAGACCAUCAUCCUGAACAGCGACGAGGAGACACUGGCCACCCUGCAGACAGCUCUGCAGUCCAGCCAAGCCCUCCUGGCUCCAGAGAGGCUCCAUCAGGCUCUGGGGCAGGAGCACAUCAUCAUGACCCAAGAGCAGAGCGUCCCCAACCAGGAGGAGGCUGCCUAUAUCCAGGAGAUCAUGACGACGACGGCUGAUGGGCAGAUGGUGCAGCACCUGGUGGCCGCAGAGAACCAGGUCCAGUACAUCAUCACCCAGGAUGGCGUCCAGCACCUGCUGCCCCACGAGUAUGUCGUUCUGCCUGAGGGGCAUCACAUCCAGGUUCAGGAUGGGCAGAUCACUCACAUCCAGUACGAGCAUGGCAGCCAGUUUGUGCAGGAGCCCCAGGUCCAGUAUGUCCCAGUGUCACCCGGGCAGCAGCUUCUCACCCAGGCUCAGCUGGAGGCGGCGGCCCACUCCGCAGUGACAGCGGUGGCCGAGGCCGCGAUGGGCACGGACAGCGCUACGGAGCAGCUCCACCAGCUGCAGGCCGGUGUCCAUUACGACAUCAUCACCCUGGCAGAGUAGCGGGGCAGCGCCUCCUUCCCGAAGGCUCACCUGCUUCUGCAGAGCAAGAGGCGCCCGCCCGUGGGUGACGGGACCACUGAUGCACCCGGAUUGUACCUUCUGUAGUGCCCGGGCCUUGGCUGGCGGUUUGCCUCUUGGAAACAACUGCCGCCUGUGCUGGGGCGGCGCCAGCCUAGCCUGUCUGGGGCUGGCCGGCAAGGGCCCGCGGAGAUGUUAGACUCUAAAUGGGAGAGGAGACGGUGAAAGGAAAGGUGCUCCCCUCCUGGGCAGCAGAGCCCCUGCGAAGGGCUGGGUGUGCACGGACUGGGUGUUGAACAUGCUUCCAAUAAAAGACACGGGACUGUC